AUGACUGGGCCAGAAGACGAGAGGCGGCCUGUUGACACGCAGGCUGCUUCUAAUCAAGCCCAAGACUCGCAACCUGUUGCAGAAGAACCCUUGGAACUGGUGAACGACGAGAAGCACCUGGACGAGGAGAAGAUCUUCGACAAGGAGGCAAUAGAGGAGACGAGUUCGACCGACGAUGCCAGCGACGUUGAGAAGCAUGGCAGCGUCGACAAGCACAUCGAUCGGCCGAUAGUCGAAAGAACUCAAAGCAACUGGACUACAGCAACGGGGACCAGCAUAGCCAGUGAAGCUCGACCAUCAGAUCAACCGCCACGAAGACGAAAAUGGAGCGAAAAAUUGAACCCGUUCAAGCACAAGACGCUGCCGCCUGUCCCUGAUGAACGGCAACCGUCUCGGGAACAUACGGCUGGUUUCUUCAGUGUACUCACAUUCCAAUGGAUAGCAGGACUCAUGAGCGUCGGCUACCAGCGUCCGCUGGAGGUGGACGACAUCUGGGCUGUGAAUCCCGACCGAAGCACAGAGGUCAUGAAGGCCAAACUUUACGCAGCGUUGGAGAAGCGGAAGCAGCAGCAGAAUCGCUUCUCACCCCUAUCCAUGGCGCUCUACGACACCUUCACGAAGGAAUUCUGGAUAGGAGGUAUAUGUCAGCUCGUCGCCGCAUGCCUUCAGGUUCUUGGGCCCUUCACCCUUAAAUACUUGAUCGCAUUCGCUGCAAAAGCCUACGCGGCAUCAAAGGGACAAGGACCAGAACCGCCAAUUGGAGAGGGCGUUGGACUCGUCCUUGGAAUCACGGGAAUGCAGAUAAUUCAAUCCGUCUGUACUAACCACUUCAUUUACCGAGGCAUGAUGGUAGGUGGCCAAAGCCGGUCUGUCCUCAUCAGUGUCAUCUUCGAGAAGUCGAUGAAACUUUCAGGUCGAGCGAAAGCUGGCGGAAAGUUACAGCAGGCAGAAGAGCCCAAGCCUGACUUCAAAGCCGGUAGCAAGGAAGAAAAGGCUUGGUUCAAGAAGCUGGCCAAAGAGAGUGGCAACAAGAAAGGAGAACAGCAAGGGUGGGGUAACGGCAGAAUCGUCAACCUCAUGUCCACUGAUACCUACCGAAUUGACCAGGCUUGCGGAAUGGGCCACAUGAUUUGGACUUCUCCAAUUCAGGUCUUGCUGACACUGGCUCUGCUGCUCAUCAACUUGACCUACAGCGCCCUCUCUGGGUUCGCCUUCAUCAUGCUUACGAUGCCCAUGCUCGCAAAAGCAGUCCGCAGCUUGAUGACCCGCCGCAAAGCCAUCAACAAGAUCACCGAUCAGCGUGUGAGUCUCACGCAAGAGAUCAUCUCGUCAGUUCGAUUCGUCAAGUUCUUCGGAUGGGAGACCAGCUUCCUCGACCGAUUGCAUGAGAUCAGAACCCACGAGAUCAACAAAGUCUCCUUUUUGCUGUCAAUCAGGAACGGUAUCAUGGCUGUCUCGAUGUCGCUGCCCAUCUUCGCAUCAAUGCUGGCCUUUAUCACAUUCUCUUUAACCCACGCUCCUGGUUCAUUCAAGGCAGCAACGGUCUUCUCGUCACUGGCACUUUUCAAUUCUCUACGUAUCCCACUCAACCUGUUGCCAAUGGUAAUUGGACAGGUGGUGGACGCAAACGCAUCCUUGAACCGUAUCUCUGAAUUUCUAGACGCCGAAGAAAGAACCGAGGAUGCAGAAUGGGAACUCGAAGCAAAGCCGGCAAUCAAGAUCGAGGACGCAGACUUCACAUGGGAGCGCGCUGCAAGUCAGCACGCUGCCGCUAUGAACGAGGCUCCAAAGGGGUCGAAGCAACUCAAGAAGGAGAAGAAAGAGGCCAAGGUCAAAGCAAAGGAAGAAAAGCGUCUGUCAAAACUACAAAGCGACACUGCUCUCGACACUUCAGCAAGCCCCGGCAGUCCUGCGGAGGAAGAGGAAGAAAAGCCGUUCGAAGUCAAAGACGUCAACCUCAGCGUUGGCAGAGACGAGCUUGUUGCGGUCAUUGGCUCUGUGGGCUCAGGUAAGAGUUCAUUGCUGGCCGCUCUGGCUGGUGAUAUGCGCAAGACCAAGGGAAGUGUCACAUUCGGCGCCGACAGAUCAUUCUGCCCUCAGUAUGCGUGGAUCCAGAACGCCACUGUCAAGGAGAACAUCAUCUUCAGCAAGGACUACGACAGGAGAUGGUAUAACGAUGUCAUCGAUGCAUGUGCUCUUCGCCCUGACUUGGAAAUGUUGCCUGCUGGAGACCAGACUGAGAUUGGAGAGCGUGGUAUUACUGUUUCGGGUGGCCAAAAGCAGCGAUUGAACAUCGCUCGUGCAAUCUACUUCAACGCCGACAUUGUCAUCAUGGACGACCCUCUGUCUGCAGUUGACGCUCACGUCGGAAAACAUAUUAUGGACAAUGCCAUCUGUGGACUUCUCAAGGGCAAGGCUCGUGUGCUUGCCACUCAUCAACUGCACGUCUUACAUCGAGUGGACCGCAUCGUCUGGAUGAAGGAUGGCGGAAUUCACAAGAUUGCCACCUUCCCCGAUCUGAUGGCUAAUGAUGAGGAAUUCCAAAAGCUCAUGGAGACGACAGCCAGCUCCGAACAGAAGGAAGAGGGCGAUAAGAUGGACGAAGACGAAGUCGAAGAGGAAAAGAACGAGCAAGUCAAGAAGACGAAGAAGAAGCCAGCGGCAGCCCUGAUGCAGCAAGAAGAACGUGCUGUGAACAGUGUCGGCUCUGAAGUCUACAUGGAGUACGUGAGGGCUUCUGGAUCGAUUCUCGCAGCGCCCCUGAUCAUCUUCUUGCUUAUCAUUGCGCAAGGAGCCAACAUCAUGACCAGCUUGUGGCUCUCUUACUGGACAUCUACGAAGUGGGGGCUCAAAUUGGGCGUCUACAUUGGCGUCUACGCUGCUCUUGGUGUUGUGCAGGCUUUACUUCAAUUUGCCUUCUCUGUCACACUGACAGUCUGCGGUACGAAAGCGUCCAAGGUCAUGAUGAGUCGUGCCAUGUACCGGGUUUUGAGGGCUCCCAUGUCUUUCUUCGAUACAACACCGCUUGGACGAAUCACCAACAGAUUCUCCAAGGACGUGGACACUAUGGACAACACCCUGACAGACUCGAUGCGCAUGUUCUUCCUGACCAUGGCCAUGAUCAUCUCAGUCUUCAUCCUCAUCAUCGCCUAUUACCACUGGUUCGCCCUUGCAUUGGCACCACUUACCGUUUGCUUCCUUUUCUCGGCUAGCUACUACCGCUCGUCCGCUCGAGAACUCAAGCGUCAUGAGGCUGUCCUGCGCAGUGUUGUCUUUGCACGCUUCAGCGAGGCUGUCAACGGUACACCCACCAUCCGAGCAUACGGCGUGCAGAAGCAAUUCGGUCAACGAGUUGACGACUCAGUUGACUCCAUGGACGGCGCUUACUUCCUUACGUUCGCCAACCAACGCUGGCUCUCGGUCCGUCUGGACGCGCUCGGUAACAUCCUGGUCUUCGUCACUGGCAUCCUCGUCGUGACCUCCCGAGUCUCCAUCAGUCCGAGCACAGGAGGUUUGGUCCUCUCGUACAUCCUUUCCAUCGUACAGAUGAUUCAGUUCACCGUGCGACAGCUUGCGGAGGUUGAGAACAACAUGAACUCUACAGAGCGUAUUCACUACUACGGCACCAAACUUGAAGAGGAGGCGCCGCUCCACCUCGGUGAUGUACGCCCAUCGUGGCCUGAGAAGGGUGAGAUCAAGUUCGACAACGUACAGAUGCGCUACCGCGAUGGCUUGCCACUUGUCUUGAAGGGCUUGACAAUGAACGUGCGUCCUGGCGAGAGAAUCGGCGUGGUUGGGCGCACUGGCGCCGGCAAGUCCACGAUCAUGUCGACGCUAUUCAGACUGGUGGAGCUCUCUGGCGGCAGCAUCUCCAUUGAUGGAGUCAACAUCGCCAGCAUCGGUCUCCACGAUCUACGUUCAAGACUUGCCAUCAUCCCGCAAGAUCCUACCCUGUUUAAGGGUACCAUCCGCAGUAACUUGGAUCCCUUCAACGAGCACUCCGAUCUGGAACUAUGGCAUGCCCUUCGACAAGCAGAUCUGGUCGGCGCCGAGCAGACCAUGGAAGAUGAAGGUGGCCGCAUCCACCUGGACACCCAGGUCGAAGACGAAGGGCUCAACUUCUCCCUCGGCCAACGCCAACUCCUCGCCCUGGCGCGUGCGCUUGUCCGAGGCUCACAGAUCAUCGUGUGCGACGAGGCGACCUCAUCGGUCGACUUCGAGACGGACCAAAAGAUUCAACGAACGAUUGUGCGUGGUUUCAAGGGCAAGACCUUGCUCUGCAUCGCCCAUCGUCUGAAGACCAUCAUCGGCUACGACCGCAUUCUGGUCAUGGAUCAGGGCAACGUGGCGGAACUUGAUAGCCCUUUGAACCUCUACGAUCAGAGAGGCAUUUUCAGGAGCAUGUGCGAUCGCAGCGGCAUCAGGAGAGAAGACUUCUUUGAUAGCGCGGAGGCGAGGUUUAGCGCUGAGUCGCCUGGUCUUGAGCGGACGGAGAGUGCGCUCAUGCGGAAGGAGUAUUCAUGA